GCAAACCAAGAUGGCGACCCCCACACAACAGAGCGGGACAAGUCACGGCGACCAGAACCAGGACCUCUCCUACCCGUCUACACUGUUUAAUUUCAUCAGUGAUGCUUCCAUGGAUGUGAUCACUACGAAACUGAGUAAUGCACUCAUGUUACCAGCUCUACAGCAGAAGUUCAGGGAAUCGUUUGUGACUGUCGCUAAAGAAGCGCUGAAAGACAUAAUACAGGAUGUUGUGGCCCCUCUCAAGCAGGAGAUACGUGAUUUGAGAGUCGAACUCCACCUCAAGACUGACGAGCUAGAACAGUACAGUCGGAGGAACUCUUUGAGGAUAUCGGGAAUCAAGGAACCCAAGUGGGGAGAGGAGGACGAAAAUAUUGAGGAAGUUGUGCUGGAGGUGCUUAAGGAUGUGCACUCGGAUAUUUCACCCACAGAUAUUGACAGGUGCCACCGGGUGGGCAAGAAACAGCGAGAACAGAACAGAAGCAUAUUGGUGAAGUUUGUGAGUUAUUGGGACAGAAACAAAGUGAUCAGGAACAAGUUCAAGCUCAAGGGUAAAAGAGACAAUAUCUACAUCAACGAGGAUCUGACAAAGUACAGAAAUCAUCUGUUCAAGCUCGCCAGAGAUCUGAAGAAGGAGCAGAGGAUCUAUUCCACCUGGACAUACGAUGGCAGGGUUUAUAUCUGUGAACAGUUGGAAGGACUCAUUCGUGUCAUUCAAAGUGAGUCUGACCUCGACAAAUAUAGGCGUCAGUAG